AGAUAGACAGACAGACAGACAGACAGAGAGACAUUGAGAGCGAAGAUGAUAAUGAUGAAGAAUAUGUAUAAUACGAAUACGAUGAUGGGUCAUAGAGGGAGUGUUCCUUGUGAUUUCAAUUCGAAUCCAAAAGGGUUUAAAGUUACCAUUUUUAUUGUUGGUUUAAUAUUACAUUUGAGCUCCCAUUUCAUUGUCCAAGUCGGUGCUUCCAUCCAUGAAUACCAAAACGAACCCUUUUCUCGUCGCUCCAAUUCACUCUUCUUCCAUGGUGGUAGUGAGGGCCUCUACGCUUCCAGAGUUCGCCACAUUCCCUCUCCUCAAGAUAAACCUUUCAUUGGCAAGUCCUUCAUCAGGUUUGAGUCAAUCACCUUUCAAAGAACAGCAGAAUCUGUUGAAAAGCAGAAUGAGAUGCAACAAAGGACUGGCUUGGUUGAAGCUAUAAUUAUUAGGGUCAAAGAUAGGACAAAGAUUGGGGGUUCUUAUUUGAAUUCUGAAGCGAUUUGCUGCACACCUGAUCUUGCCAAGGAUGGAUCCUGCAAGGUAGGAGAGGUUAUCAUCCAUCAAGAACCAGAUAAGCUUGAUGGGCCAACACGAAUUCAGACCUUCUUUGAAGGAAAAAACAGAGAGACCAAAAUGGCGCUUGAAACUAUUGAGAUCAAUAGUACUGGAAUGUAUUAUCUAUAUUUCAUGUUUUGUGACCCAGAACUAGUGGGCACGUUAAUUAGCGGACGAACAGUUUGGAAGAAUCCGGAUGGUUAUCUACCUGGAAAGAUGACACCGCUGAUGACAUUUUUUGGUUUAAUGUCUUUAGCUUAUAUUGUUCUAGGUCUCCUCUGGUUCAUCCGCUUUGUACGAUAUUGGAAAAAUGUGAUACAGUUGCAUUACCACAUCACAGCUGUAAUUGGCCUAGGGAUGUGUGAAAUGGCUCUCUGGUAUUUUGAAUAUGCAAAUUUCAAUUCCACUGGAAGCAGACCAAUGGGAAUUACAGUAUGGGCAGUUAGCUUCAGUGCUAUUAAGAAGACUUUCUCCCGUCUUCUUCUUCUUGUGGUUUCAAUGGGAUAUGGUGUUGUUCGUCCAACACUUGGCAAUAUAACCUCAAAAAUACUUCUUCUUGGUGUGUCAUACUUUGUGGCUUCUGAAGCUCUUGAGCUUGUUGAACAUUUGGGGAAUAUCAAUGACUUUUCUGGAAAAACAAGACUCUUUCUUGUGCUACCUGUUGUUCUACUGGAUGCCUGCUUUAUUCUUUGGAUAUUUUCAUCAUUAUCUAAAACUUUGGAGAAGCUUCAGAUUCGAAGAAGCGUAGCAAAACUUGAGCUCUACCGGAAGUUUACGAAUUCCCUUGCAAUAUCAGUGCUGCUCUCUGUUGCUUGGAUUGGUUAUGAGUUGUACUUUAAUGCAUCCGAUCCAUUGAGCGGACUGUGGCGAAGUGCUUGGAUCAUCCCAGCUUUUUGGACUUGUCUUGCAUUCAUACUGUUGGUGGUGAUAUGCGUUCUUUGGGAUCCCUCACAUAACCCAACUAGAUAUGCAUAUUCAGAGGAGACAGGGGAAGACUUUGAAGAUGAGGCAAUCUCACUCACUGGAGGUGGAAUAAUGGUGGCAGGAGAUUUGGCCACCAAGCUAGAGAGAAAAGAAAGGAAGGUUUCAAUUGCAGCAGACCACCAUGUGUUCGGGCUUGGAGAAGAUCUUGAGGAGGACAAGAGAGAAUAAAAUGGCCUCGCUUUUUUCUCUGUAUUUCAUUCAAACACCACAGGUCAAAAAAGCAUGUUUAUCAUCCAGGAGUUUUGUAAUAUAUUUUUUAUUUUUUUAAUUCUUCCUGCAAUUUUGUAUAGAGGACAGACAGAAGACAAAAAGGAGAGGGGCUUGAGGACAGACAAUACCAUGCCAUGCCUAAAUGGCAAUCAAAAACCUGAGUUCCAUAGAUACUUUAAGGGUUCUCUUCAUAGUUAAGUGACUAUCAUCCAGUAGUUCAGGGUCCUCUGAUGUACAAUGUUUUAGCAAACUUGUCUUGGGAACCUGAUUUAUUCUUGGAAGCGCAUAUUGCUUGUAACUUACAUAAUGAAUUGGCAAGAGAUGAGAUGUGUUCAUAUUGUGGUGCAUUUCAGCAUUUG